AUGGUAUUUCUAGCUGAGAAGACGGUGGAUAUACCUACAAAAGAUCUCUUGUCAUGGACAUUUGAUAAUGUUCCCUAUGAUCAAGAUGCUAUGAUAUAUAUCGAUGCGGCAGAUCCCUCUCGAUCCAUAUCUGCAAGCCAAGCUCGAAUCAUCAUCCGUCAAUUAGUCGCGGGAUUUCAUGCUGCUGGGUUGAAGAAGGGUGACUGUGUGUGCUUACAUUCGUUUAAUGAUGUGAGAAGUAUUAUAGCAGCGGGUGGAGUAUAUACGGGCACAAAUCCAUCAUAUACUUCCCACGAAUUAACUCAUCAUAUCAAGACUUCGCGAGCAAAGUUUCUUAUCGCAGAGCCUGAGAUUCUCACGAAUGUUCUAACCGCUGCCAAAGAAUGUAAUAUCCAGUCUUCAAGUAUUUGGAUCUUUGAUGUCCUCGGACAAACGGUUCCUGAUUCUUUCAAAUCUUUCAGAGAUUUGAUGAAGCAUGGCGAGGAAGACUGGGUAAGAUUUGACAAUGAAGAGACAAGUAGGAAGACAACUGCUGCUAGGCUAUUUAGUAGUGGAACUACAGGGCCACCGAAAGCAGCGGCGUUGUCCCAUUUCAAUUUAGUUGCGCAGCAUGUUCUUGCUUAUGAACAAGCGCCGAGACCGUAUACUAUUCGUCGAAUACUAGCACUACCGAUGUUUCAUGUAGCUUGUAUCCCUGUUGCUCAUACAACCGCCUUGAAAGGUGGACAUGUUUCUGUCGUAAUGCGUCGCUUUGAACUUAUUCCCUAUCUCAAUAAUGCCGAGAAAUAUCAGAUAAACGAAAUAAUGGUAGUCCCACCCAUCGCAAUUGCAAUCAUCAUGUCCGGUGUCGCGGGAGACAAAUUAAGAUCCAUUAAACACGCGGGGGUUGGGGCAGCGCCUAUGGGGAAAGAAUCCCAAGAGAAAUUGAAACAGUUAUGUGCUCCGGGAGCAACACUAACUCAGGCUUUUGGAAUGACAGAGACAAGUUGUAUCUGUGCCCAGUUCUGGUUCUGGGAGGACGACACAACGGGUAGUGUAGGGAGAAUGCUACCAAAUAUUGAUGCAAAAAUUAUCGACGAGGAUGGAAAUGACAUAACAGCUUAUGACGUCCGCGGUGAACUUUGUGUACGCGGUCCGACUAUCAUCGCUGGUUACUUUGAAAAUGAAACAGCUAACCGUUUAUCCUUCGACUCCGAUAACUUCUUCAAAACCGGCGACAUCGUUUACUGCGACUCAAAGACCAAAACAUGGUACAUAGUAGACCGCAAAAAGGAGCUAAUAAAAGUGAGAGGUUUCCAAGUUGCACCGCCAGAGAUCGAGUCCGUACUUCUCUCGCACCCAUUGAUAGUAGAUGCAGCUGUUAUUGGCGUCAAGGGAUCGGAUGCAGAUGGAGAAAUGCCCAGAGCUUAUGUAGUAAAGAGAUCUGGCGAGGAAAGUAAGGAUCUAGAGGAGAAAGACGUGAAAGAAUGGUGUGGAGAGAGAUUAGCGAGAUAUAAGGAAUUGACCGGGGGAGUCGAGUUUAUAGAGGCUAUUCCGAAGAAUGCAAGUGGGAAGAUUUUAAAGAGGAUAUUGAGGGAGCAAGCGGAUAAAGAGGGUAAGACGGCCAGACUCUAA